GGAUUCAUAAGAAAAAGGAUUAGAACGUCUGAGCCAUCUGUGUUCACGGGGAAUUAACCCCCCACACUCAGGCAGGCGGACAAAAACACAGAUACACACGGACACAGGCACACAUAAAAACACACACACACACCUACUGCAGGUUGUCAACUCAACUAAGGAGCAGACAAGACAUAGAAUGAUGUUUAUGGGUUAACUCAGGUAUACCAAGCAAACUGCUAGAAAUAGACACCUGCAGAAACGGCUAGAAAUAGACAUCAGAAUACUGAAAUGAGUUGGAAAUUCCAGUCAGGCGACGUCAUCAGCCAAUGUCAAAACCUGCGCUGUGGUUCCCAUAGCAACAAAAACACCCCCCCCCUGACAACGCUGCAAUGGCCUCCCUGACAGACGCAGAGAUGGCGGAGAUUGCCAAACUUCAGAGAGAGGAGGGUGUACAGCAGCUAAGCGGUCGCUUCUUGUGGCCUGAGUUCUCUGGGGACGAUGUAUGGCAGAGCGCCUAUCAACAGUUUGUUUACGAGUGUGCCAUGUUCGCCGCCGACCGCGGCCUGGCCUGGAGUGCUGUGAGAGCAGUGGCCGGGAUGACGAGAGACCUGUUCCCUCAGCUAGCGGAUUUGGACCCGCCCAGAGUGCUAGCCCUAAUUUCAGAUUGGCUGACAAAGUGUUUGCCCCGCCUACCUCCUGCCCACCACAAAGCAGUCUUCCACUUCCUGUCUGACACUUGUGUCACUAGUCAACGACUGCUACAAGCUGUGGUGGGCGGGACCAGUCACCGGUCAAUCAAUCAGAAACACCUGGAGGUUCAUGUGCCCCCAACACCCCUCCCCCUGGCACAGGGUGAUGAUGAGUGUGCGUUGGAGCGCCAGCGUGUGUGUGCCCUGCUAAAGGUUGCUAAGCAACAGAAGAGGAGGGAACUUCGGAGGCUCAGAGAGGAGGAGGGGCCACAGGGGUCAGAGGUCAGAUUGGACACAUUAAAUGACCGCAGACUCGACAGAGAGGAGGUGGCAGACCUAGUGCGGUCUACUGUGAGGGCCACAGGAGAGCUGCUGAUGGGGAGGCUGCUGAAGGAGAGUAGCCUGGUGCAUGACCUACUGGAGCUCAGCCUGCAACACACAGCCCUUACCACCGGGGAGAACUCUAUACACCCUGACCUCACACACACACACACACCCUGACCACACACAAACACACACCCUGACCACACACACACACACACCCUGACCUCACACACACAAACACACACCCUAACCUCACACACACAAACACACACCCUGACCACACACACACACACCCUGACCUCACACACACACACACACACACCCUGACCUCACACACACACACACCCUGACCACACACACACACACACACACACACACACCCUGACCUCACACAAUCGAAGGAUCCCACCGGGGCCAUACACACAGCUAAACCCAAGAUGAGGUGAGAGGACCAAGAGGAGGUGAGAGGGGGGGAAGAGGCCAUGCUGACACAAAAAUCAGUAAUAAAGUAUACUGAACAAGAAUAUAAACGCAACAUGCAACAAUUUCUAAGAUUUUGCUGAGUUACAGUUCAUAUAAGGAAAUCAGUCAAUUGAAAUAAAUAAAUUAAGAGUAUUUAUCUGGUCAAUAUGUCAGUGUAUCAUGUUUGUUUGUAACAGUGUGUUAUAUGUGAAAAUGUGAUUGUAUUAUACAUUUAUUGUAAUGGAAGAUUAGUCCAAAUAAGGACUAAAAAUAAAAAUCCAAUCAAAUUA